GGUGUGCUUUUUAAAGGUAUGUUAGGUAUGUUGCUACAUCAGUUCUUCACAGAUUGUAUUCUUACACAGAUUUUAUGGUACUUUUAAAUAAAAACCAAUCUGACGUGAUGGUUAUAUAGAGUAAAAAACUGUGAGAAGAUCCCUAUUUGUUCCUUAAAAUGGGAUUUAUUCAGCAACGCACUGUAUAUUAUACAGUCACCCACUAGAAAAUGGCAGUUCCAGUGUUUUAGACUAUACUUUGUCUCUACGUGUUCAUUCAGAAGAGGCACGGUCAUGGUUAACAGACUCUAAACUUGACCCACUUUUUUUCAUCUGUGUGCAAACUCCAUGUAUUAUUCAUGCUUCCUUCUUUUAACAUUUUCCAAAUAAAUGAUUCAGGGGUCUUUUCUCUAUAAAGAUCAGCGUCAAUAAUAUGUCCUGUGGAUAGUUCUACAAUAAACAGGCAUGUAAAUAAUCUGGAAGAAACAUUUUGUAUUUUCUCGAUCUUGUAAUCAAUAAUGUGUUUAAAAUCAUAGACUAUUAUUUAUCAACAUUGUAAGUCGUUAGAAGUACUCAUUUUUAAAGGAAGUCUAAUACAUUCAUGAAAAGCUCGUUUAGAAUAAAAAUUUACUUGGUAGAACUGUAUGAAGAAGGUUUAUCAAGAUAUAAUAUAUUGUACAAAAAUAGCAAACUGUUGGGAAUAAUCAGUUUUUAGAUAGGAUGCAGGCUUGGAAACUGUGGUCUAUCUCCAUGACUCCCCAGAAAUACAGAAAAACAUGUAACAGUUGGGAUUGUUAGAACUGAUACUGUCCUUCAAAGACCGCUUUCAGUGUGCUUAAGAUAGAAAAUAUGUCAUUUAUAUGAGGAUUUUUAUUUCAAAAGCCUUCUUUUUCAUGUUAUUACAGAAGUGAGUACUCUGUCUUUAUAAUCCAGGUAUCCUAUGAUUGGUUUUUGGGAGUGGGGUUGGGUGUGCCUUUAAGAUCUUGAAUUGGUUCUGGAAUUUCUUUUGAGGUGUCAAGCAGUUACUUAAAGACAAUAAUUAUUCCCAAUAAAUCAACUUGUAGGAGAGGGUUUUAUAACAAUUACAGAACAUGAAUAGUUUUUUAAGUUUUUUAAGUGAUUAGUAAUGCUAAUAACACCUUUAUUUUAAAAUUAGACAGUCAGCUUUUGAAAAGUAAAAUUACUGAAAUCAGGUUUCUUUUUUUCUGAAAAAAAGAGCUGUUACUAAGAGUGUGUGGCAGACCGUAGAUAAGUCCUAAAAGUAACAGUAGUUUGCUGCAAGAGCAAGUGCUAAGGAAAAGGAACAACUGACAAUACAAAGGACAAUGCACAGUGUAUAUCUUGAUGACAUUUUGUGUGCUGUGACAUGGUUUUUGCCAUGGCAUCUGAGACUGAAAAGGCCCAUGCUCUUCUCCAAACUUUCAGCACAGCUUCAGUUAUAUCUAGUCUAGGUUUGGGGCUAUUCUGCUUUGUAGCAGACAGACUUCUGCAGUUUUCAUUCAUUCAGCAAAAUGACUGGCUCCGAGCCUUCUCUGAUAAUGCAGUGCAUGGUAUACUAGGAAUGUGGUCCUGGGCAAUAGUGAUUGGACUUCGGAAGAAAAGUGACUUCACUGAGGUCACUCUGGCUGGCUUCCUUGCCUCUGUCAUUGAUGUGGACCACUUCUUUCUGGCUGGCUCCCUAUCGCUAAAGGCUGCUCUGACUCUUCCACAGAGACCACUUCUUCAUUGUUCUACUGUGAUUCCUAUUGUGGCUCUGACAUUAAAGUUUAUUAUGCACCUUUUCAGGCUUAAGGAUUCAUGGUGCUUUCUUCCCUGGAUGUUGUUCAUAUCCUGGACCUCUCACCACAUCCGUGAUGGGAUUCGUCAUGGCCUCUGGAUCUGCCCAUUUGGAAAAACUCCUCCUUUACCAUAUUGGCUGUAUGUGGCAAUUACAGCAUCUUUACCUCAUCUAUGUUCAUUUGUUAUGUAUUUAACAGGCACUAGAGAAUUAAUGUCUAUAAAACAUGGAAUCCACAUUGAUGUGUAAUAAUGAUAACUCUUAAAGUUGUUUGUAUUAACACUUGAAUUAAUGGAAGUUAAUGAUAACUCUUAAAGGUUGUUUGUAUUAGCACUUGAAAUAAGCUGUUUAUCACUGAAAUGGUUUCUUUAUGUUUCCUACAACUUCUGAGUUAGGCAUUUUAAGGCUGUGGAGCCAGUUACAGCUCCUGUGUGAAUUCCUUGUGGUCAUAGAAACCUAUUUAAUGAAUGGUAAUGAUUUAAUGUCUAUACCUUCCCCUUGUAAAUAUGUAGUCUUCCAUUAUAAUUCAUGCCUAGCUUGCUGAUUCAUAAAGUACUUGGUGUGCCUCUAGUAAUGACAUCACAUUUUACUGUCAUGGUGCUGUUCAUCUGAUCAUUCACUUUGGAUUUGUAUUCUGCCUUUAGAUAAUACAUUUAAUCUAGAUAGCAUUUGUAUGGCACUUUACAAAUGUAAAAUACUAUAUAAAUGCUAAGUAUUAGUGAGAAUUUAGUAGUGUAUGGCACUUAAAAAACAUGUUAGUCUUUUGGAUUUUAUUUGUUUUCCUGUUGGACUCCUGUAUUCAACUGUUUUACAAGAAAUUCUGUUUGUAUUUCACAAUGCACAACUGUGUAUCAGCACAUCUUUGAACACUGCUAUCAUAUAGUGUUUCUACUAAAUACUGUUCCUCUGUAGUUGCUUUGUACUGAUAAUUGCUAGCUAUUAUGUGUGAUUGGAAAGAAGAUAGUUGGUUACAGUAUUAUGUGCAUUGGCCAAACUGUUUAGUUUUUAAAAUGUACUAAUUAUGAAUAUUACUUGAUUUUAAACUAAGAAAUUCUAGUGAAUAUUUAAGGAUUGUGUAAAGGCAAACUUAUUUAUUACAGUAAAACAUAAGCUUUAGGGAAGAUUCAGGAAGGUAUAAGGAAAUGAAAAUUGCUCAGAAUGUGAGUUUGCUUAAAGACCUUCCUACUGUACUCAUAAAGAGUAUUUUCCAUUAAGUGCAAGAUCAUCCUUAUUAUUAUAAAAUAAAAUGCAUUAUUAUUAUAUGGAUACAGACAUUUCCUUAUAAAUAAGUUCCUUAAGGAAAAAUGUUAUGAUGUUGCAGGUUCAUAACAUAGUAAUUUGCACUGUGACAUUUGUUUAAAGUGGGUUUUCAUUUACAGAAAUUCCUCAGAAAAAGUACCAAAGUAAAAAUUAAGCUCUGGGCUAGUGUACAGUGUACAUGCUGAGGAAUGUCUAUUAAUAAUUGUUUUGGUAAUUUUUUAUUCCUUGAAUUCCAUUGGCCAGUAAGGAGAUGGGGCCUUAAUUAUUCCAGUUUGUGACAAAUAGCUGUCAAAAGGGAUUAUUUUUACGGAAGAGCAUGUAUAGGGUAGCAUGUGCUGAACUUAGGUUAUCAAAGAGUGCAAAGAUGAUGUGAUGCAUUCAUACUACAUCUACAUUAGUAAAGGUAUAUUAGUACAAAGUACAAAAAAAUUACAGAAGAAUACAGGGAUCUUCUAUGGCUGCAGAGUGCUAAAGACUCUGCAGUUACAGAGCUAGUUACAGAAAGUGUUUCACCCUUUUGAAAUGUGCCUUCCCACAAAAAGAACAGUCUCUGCCCUGUUUGUUCUUCAUGUUAGAAGUGUAUGCUUAUGGAAACUUGUCUGACAGUACAGCGGGCCUGUUUAGCCUUUAUUCUAAUACGAAUAAAAGUUUUUUUCUUGGAAAGAAGAUCGGAGAAGCAGAACAUUCCUUAAAGGAUUAUCCUCAUACCGUGGAUUUCUGUCUUCUAUAGUAUGUAAAAGUUUCCCAGAAACAACAUCAGAAAUGUCUUGCUUCAGAGCCCUCAGAGCAAGAACUGUCUUUUAUCCAAAGGCAUGAUGGUUUAGUAGACGAGGAAUGUUGCUUGUUCAUUUACUUCUGACCUAUGUUUUACACUAUAGGUUAUGAAAUGCCAAUAAUGAAUAUAUUUUGUGCAAGAAGUGAACACUUAAAUGUGUGUAGAAAGUUUUCUGUAUUCUUGUUUCAUGGUAUAAUAUUUGUAUAAUUUUGUUUUACUCAGAUUUCUUGCAAAGGGGAAUGUAUAUAGGAACAAAGUGAAGAAUUACAUGUUCUCAUUUUUAGAUUGUAGCUGUAGCUUUUUUGAUAACUGUAUGUCCACCAGCAGUCCUUUAGGAUUGGUACUGUACUCUCUUGCCUAUGUUUAAGGAUCAGUUAAUGAAUGCAUCUUUAGUAGUUUAAAAAACACGGCUUUUCAUUCUCUGUAUUUCUAGCUAAUUGUCUGUGUGGGGAUUACAAUAAUUUUCAGCUGUAUUUCAAAAUUAUUUUUCUGAUCAUGUUCUUACACCAGUUCUACCACAGCCAUACGUGAGCACCACUUAGAAAUGUAAGGAAAGCAGUAAGCACUUGUCUCUCCCUCCAACAGAGGUGGCAGUCUCACACCUCAUCCUGAUGUUUACGCAACUUUAGCUCGGUCCAUUGACAGCUUUUCAAGGUAAACUGACAAGCUGCAUGUAAUGCUGUAAUUUGUGGGUAGACAGAUUAGAGAACAAAAGAGAAGUUAAAUAUUUGUUUCAGUUUGUGUUACCUAGGAGGUGCCACCUGCAAAUUAUGAAUUGCCUAACAGUUCCUUACCAGCACCUUUCAUGUGCAUUUCAAAACUAUGCAUCGAUACUGGUCACGUGUUGCAAAACCAUGGCAAAAUUAAACCAAGAUACUGAAAACGUAACAAAUUUGUGCUUUACUGCAUGCAUUACAAUAAAGAGUAAAUGUGAAUUACAGAAAACAUGUGAACUACACAAAAAAAUUAGCAAACUCAAGCUAAUAAUGUUAUGCAUAAUGUUGCACAUCACUAAAAUAUCAGUUAUUUCAGUGGCUCAUUUACUAUGCUAAUCUAAUUUUUUUCCAUGUAUCUUCUAGUUUACUUACAAAGCUGAACAAAGCGGAGGGGGGGCUUCUGACUUUUUUGUUAGAACUUGCUGCUUUUUUUCCUGCUUAGAUGGAUUGAUGUCAUAAAACGUAGGUACUAAUAAUUGCCAAGCUAAAAUAAAAAUGUUGGGAUUUUUCUUCUCCCCAGUCCUCUAGAAAUAAAAUAGUUCCUAAUUCCCUAGUGGCCUUAACAGAGAGAGUGAAUACAUUUCCCAUCAGUUUAUAUUCUAGUUUAAAAUGUAAUCUGUAUUUUCGCAUGACAGUGAAGUAUACAUGUAUAUGUAUAUGACAGAUACAUAUACAGUGAAGUAUAUUGUAUCAUGUGCCUUUCAUUGAUUAUUGGUAAGUGAAUUACUCAGAAUUGAUGCUGUGCUCCAGGGAAAACACUGCUGAGUUUGAAUUAAACUGAAACAUGCAGGUCAUUGGUAUUAGCUUAUUAUCAGAAGAGCAUUUCCUUUGCUAAUGGAAAUAAAAUUCCAGAAAGAGAGAGAGGGAAGGUGUCAAAAUUCAGUCCAAAAGAAAUAUUUGUACAUAGUUACUUUUGAACACGUGUUUAUAUUCCAUCAGCUACUGUCAGUAUGAAAGUAAAUGAUAAAAUGCAUCAAAAGAAUACGUCUGUUUAAGUAAUGGAGCCGAUCUAAAUUCUGUAAAUUACACAGAUUUAUUCAGAGCAGAAGAAAUUUUUUAAGUGUUCCACACAUGGACUUUAAUCAACUGAUAAUUUUGAGUCCAGAAGUUAGGUUUUGUUCCCUUGCUACGGGCAGACCUUGCAUUGAAACCAGGGACUGUCAAGUUAAAGUACCCUUUGCCUUCAUUACAAAAAAACAGUAGUAACACAUUUUCUUGAAAUAACAAAUUGUUGCCUUCAGUUCUUUCUUAAAAUUCCUCAAGUUUUACAUCAUCUACAUUGAAUUAUAAAUUUGCAUGCUCUGUUGUAGGGCUGUUUUCUGUUACUUGUAACAUAAACCCACUAUUAAGUAGUACUUGCAUUUAUAGAUACAUAUAUCGCACACUGGUGUUUCCUUCUGUGUUCAUAUAAUCAUUUUCCAUUUGCUUAACCUAACGUGUACUGAAUUUCCUAGGGGUAAGGAGAAGUGUUUAGAUGUCUCAAUGACUAGGAAACCUGGGAAAGCAACUACUUGGCAAAUACGUUUUCAUGUGUUGUUAAGGAAAUCUUCAGAAUAUUGAAAAUAGAAAAAAAUUGAUACCAUAUUCCUUUUGAUGGAAACAUUAACUAGAUUUCUAGGCAGUUUGUAAAAACAGAUAUUUUAGUCAAAAUUAAUUGACUGAAAACAUUUGUAUUAGUAAAUAUGGGUGGAAAAUCUGUAUGAAAAUGGAUUUGUAUACUGAAACUUUUGCAGGGGUAAUUGACUAAGUCAGACUGUGUGCUGUUGCCAUAUCCACCACAGAAACAUUCCUUUGUCCAAGGAACAUUACUAAUGUUCAUGGAGCCUUGCUCGUGUUGCCAAGGGAAUUUAAUCUUACUUAGUCAUAGUUGGUUUUCCCGUUACAUAUUGCGUGACAUUGAGUAAGGGGUCCUGGUGUGGGGCAGUUUCCUUGAUCUGCUGUCCAGUCCUUCGCAACAAUUUUUAAAGAUAGGCCAAAGAAACUGGUAACUGAGUUGUGGUACAGUAACUGUGGUAAAGAAAUGAAACGAGGGUGGCAGGCAUAACAAUGCCAUAAGGAACUUGAACUUACAGGCUUACAAUGCUGCUAUUUUCACUUUUACAUUUUCAUUUAAAUUGCUGAUAAGUCAAACAAAACCAACUUUUUUUUAUGUAUUGCUGCCAACAGUUUAGAAGCAUAUUUUGUGAUAACUGCUCUAAAAUUAUGAAGUGUUUCUGGGGCAAAUGAAUACUGUAAGAUUUGAGUAAUAAGGCUUUAUCAAUAUAUUUUCAACAAAAUCAUCUAUGUCUUUUUGCUGAUUUAACUAUAUAUAAUGUAUAGACACAAGCACUCAGUUAUUUCCUGGUCUUACUGUGGAAGCAUGCUUGGGGAAUACUCUAGCUAGCAAAACCUUUUAGCAAGUAACUUUUGUUUCAGUAGUCCCUGGAGAGAGAGAGAUCUUCCUUUAUUCUAGGCAUGUUUUGUUAAUAUGAAGGUUUGCAUGAUUUGCCAGCAUCUUUUGGGUGAAUGUUUUGUACACCUUGUGCAUCAAACAUAAAUAAGCAAAACAAAUGCACUUAGAGCUUCAUACCAUAAAAAUGUAUGCACAUGAAUUAUUUAUUUUUUUUUCCCAAAGUAAAAGCAAUUUAACAUGCUCUUGCAUCUUG